AUGACUGCUAAGUCCAAAUUCAGUGCUCGCAUCAUGCACGCAAAGCUCCCUCUGAAGCUCAAAAUACCUACCACAGUAAAGAAAUAUGACGGUACAACUGAUCCGGAUGAUCACAUGUUUGACUUCGAUGCGGCUGCACGAGUAGAACAAUGGCCGAUGCCGGCAUGGUGCUUCAUGUUCGCACAAACGCUAACCGGGGCUGCUCGGGUGUGGUUUGAUGCGUUGAACGAAGGAGAAAUCAACAACUUUGAGGAAUUCAGAGGGCUAUUCCUCCAGAACUUUAGCCAACAACGACACUACUCCAAAGAAAUCACCGAAGUUCACAACAUCCAGAGAAAAGAUGGGGAAUCUUUGGAUAGCUUCAUCGACCGAUUCAAUCAAGAAAGUAUGCAGAUCAGCGGGGUAGUUGACCAGUUAAGGAUCUCUGGAUUCUGUCACGGCGUACGGAAUAACCAACUGGUCGAAAAAUUACACGAAAAUCUCCCGAAGACAAUGGAAGUACUCAUGGAGCGAGCCAGAGCUUUCGCUCAGGGGAAAAAAGCAUGUAAUCCAGCACCAGAGUCAGAUCAUAAGAUGUCCUCCUGGAAGAAAAAUGGUGGGUCUGUAUUCGAUAAAACUCCGUCCGGAAACGAUUGCUGGUCCCUAAAGCAAGAAAUAGAAAAAGCAGUGCGACCUGGUAAGCUGUCACAUUUGGUAAAAGAAGUAAAAGAAGGAAAAUCUUCAGGGAAUUCGGCAGAUAAUCCGAACAACCAACCAGCAAUCUGCAUGAUCAGAAAGGUAGAUAACCAAGGCAUUAAGCGAUCCGAUCAUCACAUGGCUGCUUGGAUGCAACAAACGAUCGCUUUCCCUCCAAUUACCCCUGGAGAAAUCCAGGACGGACCAAUCAUAGUGUCUGCGAUAAUAGCAGGCCACAAGGUCCGGAGGAUAUAUGUUGACAGCGGAAGUGCCACUGAGAUCAUGUACCAACAGUGUUUCCAACAAUUAGCUCCGCAAACCAAAGCAAAACUGAUACAAGUCUCUAUGCCAUUGGUAAGCUUCUCCGGAGAGGUGGUACAGCCAAUUGGACAGAUCACUCUACCAACAACAUUGGGAGCCGGAAACCUGGUCAGAACCGUAAACUUGACAUACCUAGCGGUGGGAGCAAGGUCCAUCCACAACGUCAUACUUGGAAGACCAGUGAUGUGCGCUUUCGGUAUUAUCAGCUGUACCAUUCAUGGGUCAUUAAAGUUUCCCACCGAAGCAGGAGUAGCAACUUUGCACUCCGAAUCAACAAUGUGCGUAGCUGAAAUACGACAAAGCAAGGGUAAUGUACAACCUCCGGCCCUCCUUACGGAGGAGUGGGCUAUACAUCCACAUUUCCCGGAACAUAAAAUUGCCGUGGGGGCCCAGCUCCCUGAGCGUACCAAAAAACGACUACGGAAACUUCUGUCUAGUUUACUUGAUGUGUUUGCAUGGCAAACUUCUGACAUGGUCGGAGUUCCCGGUGUCUGGCCGAACACAAGUUGA